UUCUCCAUACAGUUUAACAAUGCAUCGUGGUGAAACGUUCAACACUGCUAUGCGUCCCUUUCUGCUAAUGUUUCUGCUUAUUGGCGUAUUUCCUCAAUGUGGAAUUCUGAGAAAGGACUCUCGCGAACUACGCUUUCGGUGGUUAGGACCGGAAACCAUAUUUUCGGUGGUGCUUAUACUGAUUGGACUAACUAUGAGCUAUGUGGAGUACGAAUGAUUGGAUCGAGUUGGAGGAGUGAACGCCCGCAAUAUAAUAGGAAUCGUAUUCUUCAUGGAUACCGUCAUCAGCACGAGCCUAUUGGUGAUGCUCGCUCGGAAAUGGCACAAAUUGGCAGUUCAUUUCGAUGAAAUUCACAAGAUAUUUUCCGCGGUUAGUGACGGGAAAAUGAAGAACGGUAUCCACCUUCCCAUACGUAUCGCUGCGGGGGUGUUGCUGACUUGUGGCUUUCUGCAACAUAUGUCUUCAAAGACUGCCGAUCUAUACAACCAAUACCGCGAGGCUGAAUAUUGUGGCUGGGAAAUGCAGAAUUUCUCGCAUUACUUCGCUUCGCGGAACUACUCUUUCAUUUUCAAACAUAUUCGAUACAAUAUUUUGAUUCUACUGUUCUUCGAGUUUGCAUCAACUGCAUUGACGAUGUCUUGGAGUUGUCAUGAUUUGAUGAUCAUUCUGACGAGUAUUGGUAUAACAUUCUAUUUCCGUCAAAUUGUCGAACGGGUUCAGCCAUUCAAAAGCGGUGUCAUGAUUGCUAAUGAGAAGUUUUGGAUGGAGAUUCGUUCGCAUUAUGUACUGCUCUGUGAGUUGGUGAAAGAAACCAAUGGCAGCUUAUCCCUGAUAAUCAUUCACUCCUGUGGUAAAAAUUUGUAUCUUUUGUGCUACGAGUUAAUCAACAUUUCAAGGAAAGAUGAAAGCAUUUUUUCGUUUGUGCAUCACUGGUGUUCUCUCAUCAACCUGAUCAUUCAAACAGUGAUGGUUUUCUACAGUGCCUCGAUGAUGCAUGAGACAGCCAAGGCUCCACUAACGAUUUGUAGUAGGAUCCCCAAUUUUGGAUGGUGCUCAGAACUUGAGCGGUACAUUGGGCAGCUGAAGUCCGAUCGUGUGGCCUACACUGGAAUGGGAUUUUUUCAUCUUACUAAGCGGAGCAUACUGGCGAUGGCUGGAUCUGUUGUUACUUACGAGUUGGUGAUGUUAAAGUUUGCAGAAGAUACCGAAGGUGUUGGAGAUGUGAAACCUUGCUCAAACCUGGCUUUCUCGAAGGAUUAACGGACUUUUAUGAUUAAUUAACUCUUAACUCAUCCCUUUUGGGGGAAGCAUUGUAACACUAGACUACCACAAAAUCUCACAAACAUGCUGAGGGGGUACUACUGCUGGCAGUUCCGGGUACCGUAAACCGGCGUCUAAUUCAUCAGCGGGGUGAAAUUGAUCAUUAGGGUAGUACAUUGUAAUUCCAUGCUAGGAACUUCUAAAAGUUGUAAUGAUUUUAAACUUUCUACCUCACCCAAUCCAUAAAUGUCUAGUGAUGAGUGUGAACUUUUAAAUGUUCAGAAAAAAGUUUGUUCUGCCUUAUAUUUUUAUGAAUUUUCAAUGUAUUUCUCACUUCGCUAAAAUCGUUGACACCAAACA